AUGGCCGCCCUGGCGAAACUAGCGAAGGAAGUCGGGGAGCAUCAGCUGGAUGAAAUCGACAAACGAAUCCUCGAGCUUCGAAAGCUGCCCGACCUGGCAAUCGAACUAGGUCCGGAGAAAACCAGGAAGAAACUUCUCCCGCAGAAAACCAUGUCGAUGGAGCAGGAAAACGAGCGGGUUGUACGAGAGUACGCGAAAUUACUCUCCCAGAUGGUCGAGGAAGUUGGCGGCGAAGCUUUCAUCGAUUGUCUAUUCGACCAACUCAAGGCCAUCAUCAACAUGGCUUUUAUGACUAUAUCGUCCGAAGACAGAGAACAAGUCGCCAGUGCGAUAAUCACGCUGAGUGAAAUGCUCAAGAAGGAGGAAGUUGACCGACUCCUCAUGCCUCUGGUCGAGGAAUUGGCUCAAGAUUACUUCUUGAAAAAGUGUCUGUGCGCACCUCUGCUGCCGACAGCGUAUAAGAGGAGCUCGCGUCCCUCGAAAGCUUACAAUCUCUUUCUGGAACUCUGCAAUGAUUCGGCAGAUGUCGUGGUUCAGGCUGCCUCGACCGUACUUCCGGCCAUGAUCGAACUCUUGGAGAAAGUCGAUGUUGAUCUUCAAGAAGUUGUGAAAAAACUGGCAAUCGAAGCAUCCAUCCAAUCAACUCGGAUGAACGCUGUGUUGGCUCUGGUAGAUCUCAUUCCUAAAAUAAGCGAUGAGCAGAAGGAUAACCUCAUCCAAAACGUACUCCGGACGAUUAUACACGACAAGUCUGAUGAAGUGCGCGUUCUCCUCGCAUCGAAAAUACCAAGCAUCCAAGCCAAUGUUGGGUAUCCCCUGAUGAAGGGUCUCGUUAAGUUUGUCGUCGGCCACAUCGAGAAGGGCGGCACGAGAGUCAAGGUCAAGGCCGUGGAAAAUUUACCGGAAUUCAUGAGAGGAUUCCCCGCGGAUGACAUCCCCGGCUUGGUGGGACGUCUCAGGAAUUUGAAAGAGCUCGUAAACUCUGGUGAAAAGCCGGAGAAGACCGAAGAUAUCAGAAUCGCUCUAGCACGGACAGUUACCCAGCUGGCGAGCAUCGUGCCGCUUGACAUCUACCAGGACGAGUAUGUGCCUCUUAUCGAAGAGUUGCUUCUGGAUGAAAGUCCGAAAGUUCGCGAAGCUCUCGUGAGCAAUAUCAAACCUGUCGUCCAGCUGAUCGGGCAGGAAAAGUUCGUUAACACUUUCCAGGAACUCGUCUCCGAAAUGGCAAGUCAUGCCAAUUGGCGAGUCAGGCUAUCCGCCCUGAACGCCAUGGCAAUCAUGAGGUUCCCGCCAGACACGGUAGCCGCUCUGAUUACGAGCCUCAUGAAGGACGAGUGCUUCGAGUUGCGAUCCCUCGCUGCGGCUCACGUUCGGGAGAUCUUUUUGAAAUAUUCCGCCGAGGCCUGGCUUCUCGAAAAAGUCCUACAACUGAUACAGGAAUUGUCCUAUUCCAUCGACAAGGUCGGAUUCCGCGUCACCGCCGCCAAGGCGGUCGAGGCCGUCAGCCAAGCUACAUCGGCCGAGCGCAUAGAUCAAUUCGUUUUUCCAGUCCUAGAACGUCUAAGCAGAGACAAGCUCCCUGCUGUGAGACUCAACGUCGCUCGAUGUUACGCCAGCAUGCUGAUCAAUGACCAAAAUUUGGAUGAGGACAAGAAGUUCGUGGCGAGCGAUAAGUUACGCGCCCUCUCAAAAGAUACGGAUUUCGACGUCAAGCGAGUAGCUUCGAGGAGCAUAUACCACCUGAUCGGGCGAAACAUGCAGUCCUUCACCGACACCAUGAGUUCCUUGAAUUAA